UUUCUGUUCUUUCAUCUUAUAGUCAGCACAAAAGCAUGGAGACAAGGAGCAGCCAAAGAAACAUGCGCUGCCUCAUAAUCCAUUUCAUAAGCGCAAGAAGGUGGAUUUUUCCGUCAACAUCGACUCUGGUCAUAUUCAGUUGGAGCCGAAGGACCUGUUUUGCGAACUGUCUGUUUUGAAGAAGAUGAAAGGAGUGGAAAUGGAGGAAUGGAUGGAAACUGCCAGAUGGGUUAAGUUCGAGGAAGUGUUGGAGCCCGGUGGUAAGCGUUGGUCUAAGCCCCGGGUGGCCACGUUGUCUUACAAGUACCUGAAAGAGCUGAAGGAAAUUAUACAUGACGGUGUGGUCAUUCUUGAUCUGGAUGGUUCAGACCUACUGGAGGUGUCUGACAUGCUCGUGUAUCGCCUGAUGAAGUCACAAUACCACGGCCUUGAUCAUGAAAAAGUGAUAGAGGUCUUUCUUCGGAAACACCAUCAUCCACACGAGAAAAGGUCCAAGAUCAGGGCUCCCACUGUUGAUGUCACCGCACAACAGUACACGAGUUCUAUGCGUGUGCCGCCGUCUCCAUCUGUACGACAGCGGGCCUCGUCCAUCUCCAGUAGCUUCAAGAGUUUCCGCAUGACGUCAGAUGACGAAGACACGGGUCACGAGACCGACGGAGUAGACCGAAUGGGGGAUUCCGAGUGGGAUUAUGAGCCCGAGUUUCCCGAUUCCCCCGAUGUUCCGCCUAGGCAAGACAGUGCUGAACGCCUGGAGAUGGAGGGAAAAGAUGUUUUGGGGCCAGUGCUCAAAACGGAAUACAAGCCAAAUCGCAACUUUUUGCGAAAGAUUCCACCAGGCGCUGAAGCGUGCAAUAUCUGCGUGGGCGAGGCAGAUUUUCUCUCUCAUCCCAUGUUCGUCCUUGCUCGGCUUUCUUCGGGUGUAGUACUGGGAGACAUGACGGAGGUUCACCUUCCAAGCAGGUUCAUUUUGUUUCUUCUGGCCCCCAAAGGCGGACAGAACGUCAUCAACUAUGAGGAAAUGGGGCGCGUCAUGGGGACUCUGAUGAGCGAUGAGGUGUUCAAAGAAGUCGCUUACAAAGCACGCUCUAAACAUGACAUCAUGCUCGCCAUAGACGAGUUUCUGAUAAAUUCGACACUGCUGCCACCCAGUGAAUGGGAUCCUUCCAUUAGAAUCGACCCGCCUCAAAAUGUUCCAGCACAGACUCAAAGGAGGAAGGCUGCAAAGACCAUAUGUAACCUCGAUCACCAGAAGCAUAUUCUGCCAGACGACCAGCAUUCUGACUCGGAGGACGAGGAUGAGCAUGCGCGGGAAACCGGUGUGUCCGAGGAAAUCAUGUUGUCCAGGACUGGGAAAUUAUUUGGCGGAUUGGUUCAAGACGUUAAAAGAAAGUGGAGUUUUUACGCAAGUGACUUUAAAGAUGCGCUGCACGUGCAGUGUUUGGGGACGUUCAUCUUUUUGUACUUUGCCAUGUUAGCUGCCAACAUGACCUUUGGUGGAUUGCUGGGGAUAGCGACAGAACAACGAAUGGGCAAUGUGGAGAACCUAUUGGCGGCAGGUUCCUGUGGUAUUGUCUACGUGCUAUUUUCGGGGCAGCCACUCUCCAUUUUGGGUAGUACUGGCCCGUUUUUGUUGUUUGAGGGGUUGUUUUAUUCCUUCUGCGUGGAGAACGGCAUUGAUUACUAUCCCUUCCGGUUUUGGGUAGGCAUGUGGACCUGUGUAAUCUUACUGGUAGUGGUGGCAUUUGAUUUUAGCGCCAUGGUGAGAUACAUCACAAAGUUUACGAUGGAGAGUUUUGCAAUGUUGAUUGCCAUCAUUUUCGUAUUUGACGCUUUUGAGAAGACAUUCAACAUCCUGAAUGAGGCACCAUUCAAGUCUCAUACCGCACCACCGGAUGCUCAUUUGUGCGACUGCGUAAGAAGACUCAACACAAGUGACGUCAUCAUUUCGAGCAUAGAUAACGUCACAGCUGACGUAAAUGGUGUCAUCAAGUUUGAUCCAAGCGAUGUUCUAAAGAAUGCCAACUACAGCCUCUAUCAAGAGCUUACACAUUUUCACGAUGUUGUAGUAAGUGGAUGUGAUGCUUUGGGAGGUCAGUUGGAAGGGGCAGAAUGUUAUGACCAUACUAAGUACAAAGCGGAUGUUUUCUUGUUUUCCACCUGGCUUUUCAUGGGAACUUUUGGCAUUAUAAUGGCUUUGAAGUCUUUCCAACGUAGUGGUUACCUUCACUCAAAGGUCCGCUCUCUGCUGGGUGAUUUUGCUGUCCCCUUGGCAAUAGCAGCCAUGGUGACACUGGACCGACUGGUGGACAUAGAGACACCAAAGCUCAAAGUACCAACGGAGGUCAAGCCGUCGUACGACCGCAGUUGGAUUAUAGAUCCCAUGGGCAAAAACGCAUGGUGGACAAUCGUUGCCGCCAUCUUGCCGGCUCUUCUGGUGUCCAUUCUGGUCUUUCUGGCCCAGCAGAUCACCUCCGUUAUUGUGAACAGGAAAGAAAACAAGUUAAAGAAAGGCGGCGGCUACCACCUGGACAUAUUCAUAGUAGCUAUACAGAUUGCUGUGUGCUCGGCCCUGGGCCUUCCCUGGAUGGUGGCGGCGACCGUGCGGUCAAUGUCCCACGUCAACAGUCUCAAGAUGACCAGCGAGUGCAAGGCGCCGGGAGAGAAACCGACGUUCCUGGGAGUGAGGGAGCAGCGAGUCACCGGGUUACUGGUCUACACGGUUCUUGGUUGUUCUGUCCUCAUGUCGUCGUUUCUAAACUAUAUACCGAUGCCCAUUCUCUAUGGCGUGUUUCUGUACAUGGGUGUAUCAUCACUGUACGAUAAAGAGGUUGUGCAGAGAGUCCUCAUCAUGUUCAUGCCCCAGAAAUACCAACCGGACUAUAUGUUUUUGCGCCACGUCAAGACGCGUCGAGUUCACCUUUUCACCAUCAUUCAAAUUGUGUGCUUUGCACUACUUUGGGUGGUGAAGUCAAUUAGCAUCAUCUCUAUGGCGUUUCCACUUAUGGUCCUGCUCAUGUGCGUUGCCAGGAAACUGAUGGAGCAUAUCUUCAACAUGAGAGAACUGUUCUGGCUGGACAACUUACUGCCAGAGUCCAAGUCGAAGGCCAAGAAGGCCGAGGAAGCUAAGGAGAUGGAAAUGAAACAGACAGAAGAGGCAAAGCAAAAUGGAACAACGGUGUCAAAUGGCGAAGCCGUUACUGAUACUGAAGACGAAAAGAAAAUGAAUGAGGUGGUCGUAGGCAUUGAGAGCAGCCGCUUAUGAGUCGUCUGAUUGCACUGCCUGAGUACCAUUUAAAUUUAAAAUGUGAAAAGACAAGUUUUUACUAAAAAGAGUAUUGUUGUCACAAUUCAGUUCACAUGCCGCUUAAUAACAACCCUUGGUAUGCUUUUAAGUCGAUGGAAUUUCGACCCAUGCAAAAUAGUUUCCUUUUUGCAGUGAAAGGGAAACGGCAAAUGUAACCGUAAAGUGGAUUCUAUUUCAGUGUAAACAGACCGGAAAAUGACACUUUAAAAUAUAAUCUGAGGGUUUACAUGUCAAAAAGAGAAUGCAUAAUGUCGAAGUAUAAUCAAGAAAACGGAAAAAAUGUUAUAACGAUUUUGCAUAUACUCCAUUGAAUUCUAAUUAAAAAGCAUUUACUUUCACAAGUUCAACACUAAUUAAUAUUUUUCACUCUUGUUCACCCAGAUGAUUAAAAUCAUAAUCAUAUGAAUUUAUAUAAUGCAUUAUCAUAUUAUUUGGUGAUAUAUACAUAUAGGUCAUAUUCAUUUAAUUCAAUAAAACUCUUUGUUAUGUAGUUGACACAUUUUAUAAGUUACGCUUUUUACCAUAUGUUAUAUACAGUGCUAAUUUUGUCUGGUUUUGCGCGAGUUUAUUUCAUUAACGGUUUUGGUAACAGAACUGAAACUUUGAAUAUCAAGAUGUGCAGAAGGCAGGGUU